AUGAGCUUUGAAAGGGGCUUAAGGAGGCAAAACAUUGAGAAGGCCGAGUCGCGCGUUGGAGCAGGCGAGGAAUGCCUGAUCGCGCGUUCAGCUUUCAAGUAUCUAAAAUUAGUGAUCAAAGAGACUCUGAGGCUGCACCCGCCAGCACCACUAGUGCCUAGAGCUUGCAAGGAUGAACAAGUGAUCGAUGGAUACACUAUACCUGCUGGACAAUGGGUGUUUGUAAACAUUUGGGCAAUGCAGAGGGACCCGAGGUACUGGAAUGACCCGGAGAAGUUUGAGCCCGAGAGAUUCGAGGGUCAAUCUGCUGACUUUGUAGGUGGUGAUUAUCAUUUUUUGCCCUUUGGAACUGGAAAAAGAAUAUGCACUGGGAUGACGUUUGGUUUGGCUAAUGUGGAGUCGGUUUUAGCCCAAUUGCUCUACAACUUUGAUUGGAAACUUCCAGAAGGUGUUUAG